UUGAUGAAGGAGCAAACAAGCGAGCAAGAAUUUGCUCCAUUAUCAAAACAAAAUUGUUUGCCCCUAUCAGAAGCAAGUACAUCCCAAACAUUGGAAGUAUUAGAAUCAUCCAAUUCACCACUGCCAAUAAAUAAUCGAAAUUCUUUGUAUCAUUCAUUGCCGCUUUAUUGGCCGAAAGGUUGGAGAACCUAUGGCCCAUCUACACAAACAAAUUCCUUUCAUCAAUCCUCACUUAAUCCCGAGCCUUCUUUUACGGCAAGCACUUCUCCUUUGAUUGAUAAUGAACAUGAAACAAACACACGGCAGCAAAGGAAAAUCUAUUCAUUAAAUCGACAUCAAAAAAUUUCAAAAAACGACACCGCCUCGAAGGGAUGGUGGAGAAAAAGGAGAAAAGAAUUUAAUUUUUUUUCAUUUCUUCCCUCCCUUAAUGUCAAAGGAGUAAAAUUAUUCCAAUUUUUGGCCCUCUUGAUCUCUGCUUUAUUUUUACUUUCAAUUAUUAUUUUUGUUAUUGCUAAUUUUUCUUCAAUAUUCUCAAAAAAUGGAAACAACGAAAAAAAUAAUAAAGAAAAUUUAUUAAAAAAGGAAAUUAAACGACUUAGAUCGGCAUAUUCUGAUAUUCGACCCAAAGAAACCCAAAUAUGGCUAUUAAAUAAUUUUGAAUUAGAGCGGAAACAUAAAAGAAGUAUUAGAGAAGAGGACGAAAUUAAUUCAAAAUCUGUUUUUGGACUUGCCCGCCUUUGUGGAUUUAAUUGUACUGUUAAUUUAAAACAUGGAAUUGAUGAUAAUAAUAGCGGUGAAAGUAGAAUUUCAACUCAAGUAUUGCGUAUUUCAUUAAAAAGAGUUGAACAGAAUGAGAAAGAGGGGAUUGGAAAAAGAGAAAGGAGAAGUACUGCAUCGGAUAAUCAAAAUUGGAAUCCUUUAUCUCCUUUCCUAUUAGUUCAAUCGAUGGAUUCUGAUAACCACACACAAAUUAGUCGAUCACAUAUUUCACCAGCCUGUUUUUACGUUGCCAAAAUAGAUGAUGGCAAUUGUUUUGAAAGCAGUAUUGUAAAUUUAUGUGAUCGAAAUAAUGGAUUGUUCGGUACAUUAGCUUUCAGUGAAGGUGCUUUCUUAAUUGAACCUUUAAUUGAUGAAGAGGACUUUGAAAAAGCUCAAGGAGAUAAUCCAAAUAAUUAUUUUGAUGAAAGUUUAGGUGGAGGACAUCCUCACCAUCAAAGGAGAAAACGUCGCCAUAGACCUCACGACAAUCGAGAUCAAGUAUUAUUGAGAGCACAUCUAAUUUAUCCAGUGCAGACACAAUAUUUUGGAGAUGAUCAUAAUAAUGAGCGGAGACAGCAAAAAUCUACUGAAAUCUUAACAUCAUCUGAGGAAUUUACAGCAGGAUUUUCAAAAUAUUCUCAAACUAUUAAUGCCAACACAAGUCAUCAUGAUUCUCCCAAAUUUCCAUUUCUGCCAGUGAAACGUGAUCGUCGAUCUCCCGCUACUUUAGCCAAUUCUUGGGAUCAUUAUGUUGAAGUGCUUGUUGUAGCUGAUCACCAAAUGCUUUUAUAUCAUCAACAAAAUUUGGAGAAUUAUGUUCUAACUUUAUUUUCAACAGUUUCAGCAAUCUAUAGACAUCAAUCCUUGGGUGUUUCUAUUAACAUGGUUGUCGUUCGCAUCAUCAUAAUAAAAAAUGAACGUGCUGGACCCUUAAUAUCUAAUCGGGCACAAGAAACACUUCAACAAUUUUGUCAUUGGCAGCAGCUAUAUAAUGACAGAAAUGACGAUUCUUUGAAUCAUCAUGAUGUUGCAAUUCUUUUAACUCGUCAUGACAUAUGCCGGGCUACAAAUAAAUGUGACACUCUAGGUCUUGCCGAGCUUGGAACUUUGUGUGAUAGCAAAAGAAGCUGUGCAAUAAUUGAAGAUAAUGGAUUAUCAGCCGCAUUCACAAUUGCUCACGAGCUCGGUCAUAUUUUUAAUAUUCCACACGAUGAUGAACGUAAAUGUGCAGAGUUUAUGCCAUUAAACAAAGCUAACUACCAUAUAAUGGCACCAACACUUGAAUACAACACAAAUCCCUGGUCCUGGUCUGCAUGCUCCUCCGCAAUGCUUGCCCGUUUUUUGGAGGCACGCCGAUCUCAGACACAAUGUAUUCUUGACAAACCCGUUGAGAGACGAUAUUAUGAAAGAAUGUUUGAAAAUCCAGCACCCGGUGAAAUUUAUUCUGUCUCUCAACAAUGCAAAUUCGUCUUUGGAGCUGCAGCUGAACUCUGUCCAUAUAUGCCAAGUUGUCGUAGAUUGUGGUGUGCCGUCUCUUAUGGAUAUCAAAUGGGUUGUCGUACCCAGCAUAUGCCGUGGGCUGACGGAACAGAAUGUGCUCGACAAAUGUGGUGUUAUAUGGGUCAGUGUGUUGGUAUGUCCCCUACACAGAGACUACCUGUUGAUGGUUCAUGGGGAGAAUGGAGGUCGUGGGGUGAUUGCUCUCGAACAUGUGGGGGAGGAAUCCAAAAGUCAUAUAGGGAUUGUGACUCUCCUCGGCCAGAACAUGGUGGUAAAUACUGUACUGGUCAACGAGUACGUUAUCGGACUUGCGCUAUACACGAAUGCCCCUGGGAUAUGCCUGGAAUUCGAGAACAACAAUGUGCCGAAUUCGAUGGGAAAGAUAUUGGAAUUCAUGGUGUUCCUUCAGUCGGCACUCGAUGGGUCCCAAAAUUUUCUGGAAUUGCUGAAAAUGAACGAUGUUUACUUUAUUGCCGUCUUUCUGAUUCUGCUGCGUUUUACAAAUUAAGGGAUAAAGUAAUUGAUGGAACUCCGUGUGAUAGAAAUGUGGACGAUAUUUGUAUUGAUGGUGGAUGUCAUAAGAGUGGCUGUGACCAUAGACUUGGUUCAGAUAUGCGUCGGGAUGUUUGCGGGAUUUGUGGCGGGGAUGGAAGAACUUGCCGUGAAGUAAAAGGGGUUUUCAAUGAACGAGGAACUUUUGGUUAUAACGAAGUUUUACGGAUUCCUGCUGGAGCCGCAAAUAUUGAUAUUACACAAAAUUCUUUGCAUCAACUAAGAAAGGAGGAUGACGAAAAUUAUUUGGCUUUAAGAAUGCCAAACGGUGAUUGGCUUUUGAAUGGACAAUUUCAUGUAUCGGUAUUCCCUCAACAAAUACAAAUACUUGAUACUGUUCUUGAGUAUUCUGGAAGUGACACACCUCAGGAACGCAUAAAUGGUACAGGCCCAUUGCGAACUGAUGUUUAUCUUCAUUUUUUGAGUGGCCGUAAUCUGAAACUACCAAACAUUCAUUACCGAUAUAUGGAGCCUUUACCUCAAAUAUCGCGAGAGGUAGCAGCAGCUGCAAAAACCUACGAAUUAAACAAUUUAUCCUCUCAAAAACAUCAACAAAGACAACAUAAAUCACAACAGCAACAAGUAGUGCCUAAGGCUCCAAACACAUUUUAUUGGCGAUUUAUUGAAAAUAAGUGGAGUGAGUGCACUCUCAAAUGUCAAGGCACUCAAACCCAGCUCUUACAAUGUCUUGACACCCUCACCAUGAAAGUGUUGCCUGAUUCUAUGUGUGGUACUUCUCGACGACCUGACCCAAGACAAAGAAUUUGCAACGUCGAAUGUUUUUAUAAAUGGCAACAUCGUCUAUUGUCUUAUAAUGGUAGAGGAGAGAAGGAUAGAUAUCAACAUCAAUGUGUUCGGUCUUAUACAAAUGGUCGUGAGGAACAAGCUAGUGAAGAUGAAUGCAAAAGAUCAGGAAUUCCACUUCCCACACCACCUAGUACAAGGAACCAUCCUCAACAGCAACAAAUUAAUGAACAGCCACCUAAUAAAUAUGUGACUGAUCGACGCUGGGCAUACACUGAAUGGAGUGUGUGCUCGGAAUCUUGUGGUACCGGCGGGAUUCGUCAUCGUUCUAUUCAUUGUAUUGAUACUCGGAAUGGGCAGAAAGUCGAGAAUCGCUUCUGCGAGGGAAUUCCUCAUGAGACACUCCAUACAGAAUGUAAUAGAACACCAUGUCCACGAUGGGUUUAUGAAGCCUGGAAUGAAUGUUCCCGAUCUUGUGGUAGUGGGAUUAGAAUACGACAUGCUUCAUGCCAGGACGCUUCUGGUCGUGAAGUAAAUGCUCGUUUAUGCCCUAGCAAUAAAUUAGAUAGCGAAAAGUGUAACGAACAACUUUGUACUGAAUGGCGUUUUGGAGCCUGGAGUCAAUGUUCGGUCAGUUGUGGCCAAGGCAUUCAACGAAGAGACGCUAAUUGCGUUGACUCCAAUAAUCGACCUCUUGAAGAUAGAAAUUGUGAUAUUCGUGAAAAAAUAGUUGUUAAACAAUGCGAGUUGGCACCUUGUCCUCACUGGCAAUUAGGCUCUUGGAGUCAAUGUUCUAUCACCUGUGGCUCUGACGGAUUUCAAACCCGGUUAGUUCAAUGUGUUGAUUCGGUUGGAAGGAAAUUGCCAGAUAUUAUGUGUACCCAACAAAAAAUCAACGAACAAACUUCCAUUAAUUCAAAAAUAUCUGAAAAUCAGAAACAACAACUACGUCCACAAAGCCAUAGAGUCUGCAGCCCUGGACCCUGCCCAUACUGGCGAACUUCUGAUUGGAACAAAUGUUCUGUUAGCUGUGGACAAGGAAUAAAGAAAAGGCUGGUAGAAUGUGUUCUUCGCAAUCAAAUAGUUGAUGAUUCGCUCUGUACAGAAGUCAACAGGCCCUCACAUGAAGAAAUAUGUGUAUUAAUGUCAUGUGCCGUUUGGAAUGUUGAAUCUUGGGGGCCGUGUUCAUUAUCAUGUGGUUCUGUCGGUACACAACAUCGAACUGUUAAUUGUGUUCGUUACACAACUAGCCGUAAUUACAACAACGAAAAUAAUUAUAUUGUUCUCCAUGAUCGCGAAUGCACUGGUCAAAAGCCUCAGUCCGAUCGUAUUUGUGAACUUCCAGCUUGUCCAAUAAUUAAAGGUGAAUGGGUGAUUGGCCAAUGGUCUGAAUGUCCACUUCCAAAACCAUGUAAUGUCAAUAAUGAAAUUGUCGAACAAAUUCGACUGAUAGAGUGUCGAAACAAUGGAGAGCUUAUUGAAGAUAAAUUCUGUUCACAUUUGGAAAAGCCUUAUUCUCGUCGCUCUUGUCCUCCAUGUAUUAAUAUCCCAAAAAGUGAAUCACCUAAGUCUGAUUUUAAAACAUCAUACACAAAUCCUCCUGCCCUUCUGCAUGUUUCAGCCGCAAUUUCUUUAUUAGGCAACCAACAAAAAAAUAUUGGGAAAUGGAUAACUGAUGAAUGGUCAUCGUGUUCUGCAAGUUGUGGAGGUGGUUGGCGUCAACGUAAUAUCCAUUGUAAAAGUGUGGACAACGUUACAACAUUAAAAAAUUGUUUGGAAUCUGAGAAGCCUAUCAAAUUAGAAUCAUGUAACACACAAAAAUGCCUUUCUGGACAAUGGAAUGUUGGCCAUUGGUCUCCCUGCUCCGUCAGCUGCGGUGGCCAAGGAGAGCAAACACGUUUGGUUUGGUGCAAUUCAGCGACCAAUUUGCUUCAAAAACUCGAUGAUAAUCAAUGUGAUUCUGAUUUGAGACCUGACUCGAAAAGAAUUUGCUCGAGAAUGAAUGAAUGUAUUACAAAGAAUAAUUCACUUUCCUCAACUGGAAUUUCUUCAAAAAUUUCUGAGAAUCCUCCAACAUAUUCAAAAAAUAAAGACUAUCCUGUCAAAGUUGCUUCAUCACCUGUUUCUGUCCCUUUAAUUGUUCAACUACCUCAUUGGGAGAGCGGCCCUUGGAGUGCGUGCCCUAAUAAUUGUGGUUCAACAAAACGUACGAGAAUAGUCAGGUGUAUAGACCCCUUAACUAAAGCAGAAAUUGAUCAUUCACGUUGUUUGGUCAGUGAACGACCAGAAACGGAACAUCCUUGCCGGCAUUCACAUUGUCCCAAAUGGCAUAAAGGCGAAUGGGGAACGUGUUCAACCUCGUGUGGUCCUGGAUUUGCUAAACGUGAAGUUGUAUGUAGAAAAGGUGUUAGAAACGAGCACCUUUUAAACGACAAUGAGUGUAUCUCAACAGAACCAAAGCCUCCAGAAAUAAGAAAAUGUAAUUUGAAAAAAUGUACACAAUAUUCUUGGCGUAUAGGAGCUUGGUCAAAACCUUACUACUGGGUAGCCGGCCCUUGGAGUUCAUGUUCUCGCUCUUGUGACAUUGGGCAACAAUUUCGCCAAAUCGAGUGUAGAUUACGUAAAGAUAUUAUUUCAAUUUCUAACACAAAUGAGGACUAUACUGACACUGCCAAAGAAAUAUCUGAGCCAAUUGUACUUUCUAGUAUGUGUAUGGCACUUGAAAAUAAGCCGAUUGUUAGUAUUAAAAAUAUAAAUAAUAUAAGAAUUGUAAUCGAAUCUCUCUAUAACGAUACAAUUUGUCAUAAUUUAAUGACAAAUAAUGCCUAUGAAUCUCCUAUAAAAAUUUCAGAUUACUAA